AUGCGUCGUGUCAAAAUGAAUGUUAACCCCGACCUGGGUGACUUAGAAGAAAUGCUAGCUCACGUCCAGACGCAGAUCGAACAAGAAAUCGACAUGGAGAAGGAGAACAAAAUGCCCUCGCUAACAAGUGUCCAGGAAUCGCCAAAAAUGAAGAGGAACGGUUCCUUCAAUCAAACAGAAGCUCUGGAGUACAGACGUCCACCUAGACCCAACGGUCACCGAUACAACGAUUCUGGACCCCAAUCCCUCGAAUACAGAAAUGGUGAUUAUCAAGCGAAUGGAUUCAAAGGAUCUCAGUCCAGCUUGAAAUCUGCAGACGAGGGUUCGCAGGUGUCCUUUCAGUCGUUCAGAUCGGAGCCAGUGCAGAGGCACUCAGUUUUGAGUCUACCUGAUAAAAGGGACUCCGCUUCCUUGAAUGGAAGGUCGAAGACGGCGACGUUGCCUCGUGGAUAUGGUUCCAGCAAGGAGAAAAAUUGGGAGGAGUAUUGGUCACAUGAGCAGUCGAUAAGCAGCGCGCGCGCAUCGGUGAUGGUGUACGAUGACGCGCUCAAGCGUUGGAUCCCGUCAGGAUCUAGCUCUGGCCUCUCCAAAGUCCACAUCUACCAUCACACACAGCAUAACACCUUCAGGGUCGUAGGAAGGAAGCUCAAUGAUCAUGAGGUCGUGAUAAACUGCGGUAUAGUCCGUGGACUUAAGUACAAUCAGGCGACAGCUACGUUCCACCAGUGGAGAGACGCAAGACACGUCUACGGUUUGAACUUCUCCUGUAGAGAAGAUGCGGACAGCUUCGCGAGGGCCAUGAUGCAUACUCUGGAGGUGCUUGCAAACAAAGCCAGCAAUAACACCGCUCCACCACCGCCGCAGCCCCUGAAUCCGCCCGGCCCGUACAACGGUCACAACAACACACACUACGACGAAGAUAUGGGGUACAGAACAAUGACACGCGAAGACGCCGCUAUGCUCCAGCAGCCACAGUACCAUGCGCCUCAUCACCAACAACAUCAACAAAUUCCACCGCAACAUCAACAGAUGCCGCCGCAACAUCAACAAAUCCCACAUCAACCGCCGGUGCCGGUACAACAUCAACAAAUUCAGCACCAGCCCAUGACGCCGCAACACCAAAUCGCCCCACACCAACAGAUUCCUGUUCAACACCAACAGAUUCCGCCGCAACAUCAACAGAUUAAUCAACAUCAACCGAUACCACCGCCGAGUCAAUAUCACGCCCCGCAUCAUCACCAUACGGUGGGACAGUCGAGUGGUCAAACUGCGCCCACGCCGCCCCCCCACGGUGUGCACACAUUACCCCACGCUCCUCAUGCGCCACCGCCGCCUACCACACUCGCACCACCGCACCAAAGUGCCCCUAUGCCCCCAAAUAUGACGCUGGCCCCAGCAAGUGUAGUGACAGGACCGCCCCCUGUUCCGCCCCACCAGAACCUACCGGCACCGCCAAAUGGCCCCAUUGCCCCACCGACGCCACCAGCUGCGCCGCAGCCGCCCCCUAUGCAGCAAGCUCCACCUGCGCCCCCAGCACCGCCACAACCCGCUGCCCCGGCACCACCGCCACCUCCCCCGCCCCCCGGAGGAGCCGUCAGCUCCCCACCUCCGCCACCCCCUCAGCCGCCGGCUGCUGAUCCCACCGGCCUCGCUGCUCAACUACAGCAGGCGAGACUUAAAAGACAGGCAAAGCAAGUCAAUACUGAGGUGGCUUCCCCUCCUGGGGGCAACAGCGGCGGUUCUGCCGGCAGCGGCACUGACCACUCCUCCUCAUCAUCAGGUCGCGCCAGUCUGCAUUGCAUGAUGCAUGAAAUGCAACGGACGCUGGCCAGGCGGCGUGCGCAUUUGGACAAAGCAGAGGAGUCAUCCGCUGAUAAUUCAGUAAAUUCGACACCGAUGAAGAGUUGGGAGCGAUCGGCGACGUUGCCGCACCGUCUGCCAGCCGCAUGUAAUGGCAACACUCCGAGUGCCGAGUCUCCCGCGCAGCAACAGGCGCAGUCGCCGCGAUCAGUCCGCAAACGAUUUGGUUCGGCUAGCGAAGAAACUAUCCUCAAGCAAGUGAACGGAGGCACGGAGGGAGGGUGCGUCUCAGCUGCCGAAUGGGAGGGUUUCAAACAGGAGCUGAUGCGCGAAGUAAAGACGCAGCUGACGCAAAUGAAACGGGAGAUUCUUGACGCGAUGAAAGCGGAAUUCGCUCGCAGAUAA